UUGUAAAUGAAAUUAUUGAGAGCUACUCAGUAUUUUUGGUUAAAACUUUUGAGGCAGACGUUUUAAGUUUGUGUAAUUUGCGAAAUAAAUCCCCAAAAAUUAAUAUUACCAUCAUGGCUGCAAUACGAAUUCUAAAAAAAAAAUUUGAAGAUACCAUUCUACAAGCAGAUAAUGUUGUUAUCGAAUACAUUCAGGCGUAUAAAGAUAAAAAACCUGAGACUUUAAAAAAUCUUAAGUGGGCCGAAGUAGUGAAAUGUAUUAGGUCUGUAGAACUAUUGGCAAAUAAAAUAGUUCGAAAAUCAAUUCAAAUACGCAGACAAUUAGAAGCAAUGAAUAAACAUGGAAUGGAUGCACGAAAAGAAGCGGAAAAAUAUUAUCAAUAUAAAAGUUUAUCGCAAGCUGCUAGACGCGAUCAUGAUAUAUUUUUGGAACGUACAAAUGCGUUGCUUCCAGUAAAUGUUUCGAGUUUUACUUUUUCUAGCUCAUCUUAAACGCGACGGUUUAUUCUGAUAUAAUAAAAUUGAUUUAAAAAUGUA